AGUCAUGUUGCUGCUCUUCAAUUUCGGACCAAUAAAAGAGCACUAGGAGGAAAAAGAAAAAUAGAAAUAAAGGAAAGUUCAGCUUUCCGGUGAAGUAAAACCCAACCAUGGCGAUGCAGACUGGCGUCGCGGCCUCUAAGGUCCUCAUCCUCGUCGGCGCAGGUGUAACCGGAUCUGUCAUAUUGAGGAGUGGACAAUUGUCUGAUUUGAUUUCUCAUCUUCAAGACUUGAUAAAAAGGUUAAAUGAAGCAGAAACAUCACCUGGGAAAUAUGAUGCCGCUCUUCUAGCAGCUCAGGUUCGACAACUCGCGAAGGAAAUCAAGGAGUUAAGUUUAUCCAAUCCUGUUACCAUUUUUAAUGGGAAUUCAUCCUCCACUGGAAGUUAUGCUUCAUACAUAUUGCCUGCCGCAGCUGUUGGUGCAAUGGGAUACUGUUACAUGUGGUGGAAGGGAUGGUCAUUCUCUGAUAUUAUGUUUGUCACCAAGCAUAAUAUGGCAAAUGCUGUUGCAUCUGUGUCGAAGCAGUUAGAGCAUGUUUCUGAAGCAUUGGCUUCGACAAAGAGGCACUUAACAAAGAGACUGGAAAAUCUGGACUGGAAAGUGGAUGAGCAGAGGGAGAUAUCAAAACUUGUCGCCAAUGAUGUUAGUGAAGUGAGAUCUAAUCUUAACCAGAUAGGGUACGACAUUGGUUUGAUCCAUGAGAUGGUAUCUGGCUUGGAAGGAAAAAUUGAGCUUCUUGAAAGCAAGCAGGAUAUCACUAAUUCGGGUUUGUGGUAUCUCUGCCAAGUCGCUGGAAAUGUGAAAGAUGGCCAGAGUUCUAAAAUUAUUCAGGAUGUUGGGGCUAAGCUAAUAGACCAUUCAACUGCAGUUCCAGAGGGAGAGAGGGCAAAGGGGCUUCAGUUCAUUGUCGGAACAGAUGAAUCAAAUGCCAUAAAUAAAACAACUUCAAUUACAGAUGAAAAAGAUUUUGCUAAUAUUUCUGCUGGAAAGGUGGCAGCUACAAAAAUGAGAAUUCACCGGUCUUAUCCUGUUGGCCUAUCUUUCGCCCGAGACAUCCUGAGUUAAGGGAUCUGCUUUCUCGACUGAAAUAAAAUAGACAUUUGUUUGGCUAAGCUGAUAAUCAGCUACCGGAGCAUCACUUGGUAUUCGCAUUUUUCAUGAGCGCUUAUUGUUCUGUGGCAUAAGUAUUGUUGUGAAUAUGGUACAUUAUUCAUUCAUUGGCACAGCUCAUACAUCUGAAAGUUUAUGUUACGAAUAUCGUGUUAUCGAAUGAUACAUCAGGCCUGUAUUGGAUAGAAACAUUUAUAGUGAAUAAGGCUUUGGUAUAA